ACACACGCCGCACAUUUGUAGAACACUCGAACAGCAGCAGCAGCGAACAUCAUUAUCUCCGCCACCAGUCCGCCUCCGGCCUCCGGCCUCCGGCCUCCGCCCUCCUCCGCCUCCGGCUGCUCCGCCGCCUCCGGCUCCGGCUCCGGCUCCUGAUUAUCAUCAUCUCAGUUCGAUUUCCGGCAUUAUCAGUUAUGCAGAAGAAUAUUUCAAGUUUCUUUCAAAGGCAACCACCACCUAACAUUGAAUCGUCAUCUUCAACUAGUAAACCCUUGAAAAUCGUUUUGGAUGAUCUUCCGUGGGAUCCUUCCGAAAGGAAACCAAUUUCAUCUUAUCACCCUAGUCAAAAAGAUGAAAUUAGACGAACAUAUUUGCUUCGAGGUCCAUGUCAACCGAAAGGGAAAAAAACAGAUUUUCCACAAACACUUAUUGGUAAUAGUGAUAAGUUAAGACGGUUCAAUCCAAAAUGGUACACAGAAAAGCAUGGAAAUUGGUUGGAAUAUAGUGUCAAAGCGGAUAGAGUGUAUUGCUUAUAUUGUUACUUAUUCAAAGAAAGUGGACAAAAAGAUGCAUUUGCGAGUGAGGGGGUACAAUGUUGGCAUAGGAAAGAAGAAAGAUUCGAAAUUCAUGUUGGUAAAAGCAAUAGUUUUCACAACAGGGCGGUUCAAAAAGGAGAAGACUUACUUAAAGAAGCCCAAUCUAUACCAGCGGUUCAAAAAAAACCCGAGCAAAACAAAGAAUAUAGAAUCCGAUUAAGUACUUCGGUUAUACUCGCUAAAGGAUUGUUGAAUGGCGGAUUACCUUUUCGGGGUCAUGAUGAAUCUGAAGCAUCCUUAUAUAGAGGACAUUUCAUAGAGUUUUUAAAAUUGUUCGCACAAAUAAAUGAAGAAAUUGCAAAGUAUAUAUUAAGUAAUGCUCCGAAGAAUUGCCAAAUGACGGCUCCAUCAAUACAAAAAGACAUUUGUAAUUGUUUUGCAGAAGAAGUGUUAAAGAUGAUAUUUGAAGAGCUUGGUGAUGAUGUCUUUUCUUUAUUAGUUGAUGAAUCGAGGGAUAUUUCUAAAAAGGAACAAAUGGCCGUGGUUUUGAGAUUUGUUGAUAAAUUAGGAUUUGUGAAGGAGCGAUAUAUUGGUGUAGUUCAUGUUAUGGAAACAACCGCUUUAUCUCUUAAAUCUGCAAUUGAUGAAUUAUUUGCUCACCGCAAUUUAAAUUUGGGUAGGGUUAGAGGCCAAGGAUAUGACGGUGCAAGCAACAUGUCCGAUUUGCUAAGAGAAAGUCAAAGAGAGCUUUUGGCAUUGAAUCCGGAAGUUGUAAUCGGAAGUGGGAAUAAUCAAGAAAUGGCACUUACAAGACCCGGAGAUACACGUUGGAGCUCUCACGAAAAAACACUUCUUCGUUUGCUUACCUUAUAUCCUUGUGUUAUUGAAGUGCUUGAAUAUAUAGAAACUUCGGCAUGGGAACCAAUUCACAAAACUCAAGCAAAUGGACUUCAAUUAUACAUGAAAAGUUUCAAGUUUGUAUUUUAUUUACAUUUGAUGAAACAUAUCUUGGGAGUUACUAACUUAUUGUGUGUCGCUCUUCAAAGAAAGAAUCAAGAUAUUUUGAAUGCAGUUGAGUUGGUUAGAUCUACCAAAGCAUUAUGCUAG